AUGGUAGAGAAUAUUACUUCAAAAAGCAAAACAUGGAUCUAUCCUAGAUUUAUACAGAUGAUCUUAGACCAUGCGUAUCCUGAUCUGGAGAGAGAUGAUAAGAAUGAUUUGUUGCAGUUAUUCCACAUGGAUAAUGAGAUGCUGAAAGUAUUAGCAAGAUAUUACACAAACCAUCCAGAGCCAUCAACAAAAGCUGAAUUCUUUGGGUUUAUCAAAGACAAAAAUUACCAAGAUCCAGAUCCAGUUGAUCAUCAGAACUGGAGAAAUGAGAAAGAAAUGAAAGAAGCAAGCUAUGCAGAUGAGUUGAAAAUACUUGAAAUUUUCAAAGAAACGAGGAAUGAGUGGUUUCUGAAGGGAGAAAAGAAAAAGAGGAGCAGAAAAGCAGCUCCUAAAGUUCAAGCAGAGGUGGGUUCAUCUUCUCAGCCAAAGAAAAAGCAUCAAAAGAAGAAUGUUGAGACUAUGCUUGUUGAUGAAUCAGAGGAAGAAGAUGAAGCUGAAGCUGAAGCUGAAGAUAAUGUUGAAGGGGAUCAUUUAUCUCCUGAAUCUGAUCGUCUGUUGAAAGCUCUUAACGAAAGUUUUAAAGCUGUAAAAGCAACCAAAGCAACUGGUGAUGAAAGUGACGAUGUAGAGGAAAGCUCAUCAAGUUCAUCUAAAGAAGAAAUUGAUGAAAAUGAACGUGCGGAAAGAAUUAGAGCUGAAAUUGAGAAAGAGAAGCAGCUCAAGAGAAAGAGGAGAGAGGAUAAAGAUGAUGAAUUGUACAAUCCAUUUCCUGAGCAUGUCAUAGAAUCUCAGACACCUCCAUCAUUUGGUGGUAGGAAGAAGACUAGUGCAAGAAAAAGUGUGGUUUCUCCUAAAGCAGCAAGAAGAAGGAUGAUAAUCAAGCUGAAUCCUAAACGUUCAUCCAAACCAAAACCAAGUCAACCACCAUCACCACCACCUGAACCAUCACCACCUCAAUCACCACAUAAAUCACCACCAAAACAACCUACACCACCACCAUCACCUCCACCACAUCUUUCACCACUACAUCAAUCACCACCACAUCAAUCACCAAUUCAAGAACAACUUGUUUUCACUUCAUCACAAAUUUUUCAAACACCACCAUCUAAACAACCACAUGUCCAAACCACUCAAGCUGGUUCUUCAAGUCUUAAAGAUUUUCCUUAUAUUCAAGUGAAUAUUCCUCUUGAUGACAUUGGUGAUUUCAACUUUGCGAGUGAUGAACAAGUAAAAAGGUUGGAAAAGAAAGUUGAAGAAGUUUUGUGUGACAACCCGGAUGAUUAA